GAAAGGUAGACGUAUGAACCGGCCCGGUGCUGCUGGAGUUUGACGUGGCACAUCGCAGUGAUGCGCAUUUAGAGCAAGGGAGAUUCACAUAGAAACGCUUUCAACGGAUUCUUCCAGCCACAGAGGUUGUUUGAAUCCCACCCGAACUGGAAUGAGAAGAUUCUAGCAGGGAACGGACAGAAUGAGUCAUCAGGGUUACGUCGCCACGCCUCCUUAUUCUCAGGCCCAGCCUGGGAUGGUGGGGUACCCCUCAAGCCUUGGGGGGGUCCCCCUGCAGCCUCAUUAUGGGCACUAUGGGGGACCGCCCCAGUCCUUCGCUGCCACGCCCCCUGGGCCACUGAAGUCACCUGCGUCCACCCCCUCUAGUGCUCCCCCCGUGCCAGGUCCUGGCCAGUUUACCCCAAGCAGCCAGCCAAAUGGCUACUCCCAGAGGUUCCCCCCUCCAGCUGUCUCAGGUCCCCCUGUGACUCCGUAUGGACAGCCCCCCCAGCCCCCCCAGUCUCCCUACCAUAGCUCCGCCUCUCCGGUCCCGCCUCCCACCCAGCAGAUCAGCAAUCAAAUGAGUGCCAUGCAAAUCAGUGGAUAUGGCCCUGGUCCACUGCCGGGUCCCUCGCCGCCCACCAGCUCUGCUCCACAGCCCCCUUUCCCGUCUCCACCGCCAGGGAUGGGCCUUGCUUCACAGAGCCCCUCCCCUCCACAGCUGGCCUCCCCUCCAUUGGCUGGCAGCAUGGGCGCCAUGACAACGGCUCCACCAAUGGGGAUGGCUGCAGGGGGCUUCUCUGGCCCGCCCCCUCCCGGCAGUGCUGGAGUCCAGCAGCCUCCUGGACCAGCUGGACCUCAUGGAUUUCCACAGCAACAAGGCCCAUAUGGGGGACCGAUGUCCGGCCCCCAGCCUGGUUUCCCUGGGGGGUUUCCGAGUGGGGCAGCCCAAAUGGCCGGUCCUCCGCAGAAGAAGCUCGACCCUGAUUCCAUUCCCAGCACAACGCAGGUCAUUGCGGAUGACCAGGCCAAGAGGGGAGGGCAGGUCUACACCACAAACCUCAGGGGUCAGGUGCCCCCCCUGGUCACCACUGACUUUGUGGUUCAGGAUCAAGGAAAUGCCAGCCCUCGGGUCAUGCGAUGCACGACAAACUCUUUUCCCUGCACGUCCGAUCUGGCUAAACAGUGCCAAGUGCCUCUGGCUGCCAUCAUCAGACCCUUCGCCACCAUCCCCAAAAACGAGGCUCCCUUGUACGUGGUGAACCAUGGCGAGGCGGGGCCUCUUCGCUGUAAUCGGUGCAAGGCCUACAUGUGUCCCUACAUGCAGUUCAUCGACGGCGGGAGGCGGUACCAGUGUGGCUUCUGCAGCUGCGUGAACGAAGUUCCAGCGUUUUACUUCCAGCAUCUGGACCACAUGGGCCGGAGAGUGGACCAGCACGAGAGGCCAGAGCUGUCGCUGGGGUCCUACGAGUACACGGCAACUCUGGACUACUGCAGGAACAAUAAAGCGCCCAAUCCGCCGGCCUAUAUUUUCAUGAUUGACGUGUCCUACGCCAACAUCAAGAGCGGGCUGGUGAAGCUGCUGUGUGAGGAGCUCAAAACGCUGCUGGACGGUCUGCCCAGAGAGGAAGGGGCGGAGAGCUCGGCGGUCCGGGUGGGCUUCGUCACCUACAACAAGAUCCUGCACUUCUACAACGUGAAGAGCAGCCUGGCGCAGCCGCAGAUGAUGGUGGUGUCCGACGUGGCCGAGAUGUUCGUGCCGCUGCUCGACGGCUUCCUGGUCAACUUCCAGGAGUCCCGAUCCGUCAUCAAUAAUUUGCUGGACCAGAUUCCUGACAUGUUUGCCGAAACCAAUGAGAGCGAGACGGUCUUCGCCCCGGUCAUUCAGGCUGGCAUGGAGGCUCUGAAGGCUGCAGAAUGCAGUGGGAAACUCUUCAUCUUCCACUCCUCUCUGCCUACUGCUGAGGCUCCUGGGAAGCUCAAGAACCGGGACGACAAGAAGCUGGUCAACACCGACAAAGAGAAGACUCUCUUUCAGCCCCAGAAGCGCGUCUACGAGCAGCUGGCCAAGGACUGCGUGUCCAACAGCUGCAGCGUGGACCUCUUCCUGUUCCCCAGCCAGUACGUGGACGUGGCCACCGUGGGACACGUCCCCCUGCACACCGGCGGCUCCGUCUACAAGUACUGCAACUUUCAGGUGGAGACGGACAGAGAGCUCUUCCUGAAUGAACUGAAGAGAGACGUUGAGAAGCCCAUCGGGUUCGAUGGCAUAAUGCGGGUCAGGACCAGCACAGGAUUCCGAGCCACAGACUUUUUCGGGGCCGUCUACAUGAACAACACCACCGAUGUGGAAAUGGCCUCCGUGGACUGCCACAAGGCCGUGACCGUGGAGUUCAAGCACGACGACACGCUCAGCGAAGACGCGGGGGCCCUCAUACAGUGUGCUUUGCUGUACACCACCGUCGGCGGGCAGAGACGCCUGCGCAUCCACAACCUCUCCCUGAACUGCAGCUCCCAGCUGCCCGAGCUGUACCGGACCUGCGAGACCGACGCCCUCAUCAACUUCUUCGCCAAGUCAGCGUACCGCGCCAUGCUGAACCAGCCGCUGAAGACGGUGAAGGAGAUCCUGGUCAACCAGACGGCCCACAUGCUAGCCUGCUACCGGAAGAACUGCGCCAGUGCCUCCGCAGUCAGCCAGCUGAUCCUGCCGGACGCCAUGAAGGUGUUCCCGGUGUACGUGAACAGCCUGAUGAAGAACGCGGCGCUGGUGGGCAGCGUGGAGCUCUCCACCGACGAGCGGGCCUUCCACCGGCUGCUGGUGAUGGGCAUGGGCGUGGAGGAGACCCAGGCACUCUUUUACCCGCGCCUCAUCCCGCUGCACUCCAUGGACUUGACUGGGGAGGGCGUCCCGGCUCCCGUGCGCUGUUCCGAGGAGCGUCUCUCGGAGGGGGGGGUCUUCCUGUUGGAGAACGGGCGCGAGCUCUUCCUGUGGCUCGGCCAGGCCUGCCCGCCCGAGCUCAUCCAGAACAUCUUCAACGUGCCGUCGCUCGCCCACGUCGAAGGGCAGAAGUCAUUACUGAAACUGGACAAUCCCCAUUCCAAGAGGCUCUGGUCCAUCAUCAACCUCAUCACCAAUCAGAGGCUGCACUUCAUGAAGCUCCAGGUGGUGAAACAGAAGGACCGGGCCGAGCUCCCGUUCCGGCAGCUCCUGGUGGAGGACAAGGGCGUGCACGGAGGGGCGUCCUACAUGGACUUCCUCUGCUACGUGUACCGAGAGGUCCGGCAGCUGCUCACCUAACAGACCGAGUCCUCACGGGGGCUCCAAAAACAGCCCGUUUGGCGCCCCCUUCUGGCCACCUUCUGCGUGGUCCACUGCGGUGCCCGCUGCCAAAAGACUCGUCCUUUUUACACUUGGGUCUAUAUACAGUGCAUAUCGAACUAUGAUGUAUUUUCAUGACUUAACGCGCUUAACACUACUUUCAUGCAACUGCGUAUUUUCCACUGAUUACCAGUGCUGUUCAUUUCAUUCCAUUUCUCCCCCCCGCAGUUCAAAGUGCUUUUGACCUGCACAGUACCUGCGCAUUGGCUUUUCAUGCGUCAGUAGGGCAGGGGCACAUGCAGAGCCUCCUUUGGUAAUGACAGUAUGUGGAGUGCUGGAACACAGGACCGAAUGGAACGCGGAACAGCGAUAGCGUCAGUGUUCCAUCUCCGUAAAGACACAGAGGCAUUAGCGCAGCCAAUCACAUGCUAGCAGUGUUAUUGGUGCCGUACGUCCCACCUUUAUUCUGAUGGAAAUUCUUUGGCCCGUUCAAUGAAUAGUGAAUGGGAUGGCUGUGCCGGGCCAAUUCUUUAUAUGCCUUUUGGGACCAUCUCUUUUACAUUUGAUCAAAAAAAAUCAAAGAAAGAUAAACACAGAUGAAUGCAUUUUAUAUUGAAGAGCACAUCGGCGUCAGUACAUUAGUAUAUUUUUAAAAUAUAAGUGUAAGGAUAAUUAUCAUUCAUAAGAUAAGCAUUUCAUUCCUUCCUCUAUAUUGCCAAUCCUAGUCCCAGUAUAAUCUUUAACUUCUCUGCAUUUCAUAUUUAAGUCUUUUUUUAUUUUUAUGUAGGGCUUUUUUUUGUAUUUACUGCCAUUAUUUAGGUACUGUUCCAGAGACCAGUGACAAAAGCAGACAUUCAUAUUUUGUGCAAUUUUUUAUGGCCUUGAAAACACGCAAGAUUGCCUGACUAAACCUCUAAAGAACUGGAGGGAAAAAAAGAAUAUUAAUGAUCUUACUCAGACAAUAAUUCUCCCCAUAGUUAAAUUAACACUCUUUUGUUCAAUCCUAAAUCACAAGGAAAAUAAUUGGACUUGUUCUCUGGGACCAAAAGCAAGGUUAAAAUGUUAUAUUGUGAUGCGAAAAAAAGGGACUUUUUUAAAAAGGGGUUAAUUAUAUACAUUGUGUAUUGUGUACACGUAGUAUGUUUAACUAGUGCUUGGCCUGGCUGAAGAAUUUUGGCCUGUCAGUUAUUUUUAUGCGUUUGUAUGCAGCUAACCUAUUAUCAGUUACAUGUUGUACGUUUUUGUGUUUGUGGGAAUUUUCCAAAGAAAAACAAGCAGGGUGUUUGUCUCACUGUUUUAUGUGUUUUUGCUAAUCUGUUACUGCCUUCUGCCUUAAGCUGUCCAUAUGGUAAAAAAUGAUAUACCAUAAUACAAUAUUUGGUUUAAAAAGAUGUUACUGUGUAGUUUAUGCAAAUACAGCUCAGGAAAUACAAGUCUUUUCAGUUGUAGGAAAUUGUCAUAUACUAGUAAUGGGAGAGUGAGGUGGAGGGUGGAGCUAGUAUAAGCUAUCAGUGGACUCACUGAUCUCAACCAGUCAUCAUGCUUUUCUAUAGAGAGCAGUGUUUCAGUUGGUUCAAACGAGGUUUGCGAUUGACAGCUCACUGCAGCUCCACUCAUAGGGUUCAUGAAACCUCAAUCUCCCAUCACUAAUGGGAGCCAUUUUGGCUCUCAAUAGGAACAGCUCAUUUUGGAGUGUAAGGAGAGGAGUGGGAGAUUUGUGCCAUGCUCUUGUCAACCCAAAGCCUUUAUAAAACCCAUUUUUUUUAUUAAACUCCUGUCUGCCUGUAACCAC